AUGCGUGGCCCGUGUGGGAUUACAGUGGAUGAGACCGGAGGCCUGUCGAGCUUUUCGCUCCCUGAUAACGUUCCGAAAGUACAGUCCGAAUUUUUGACUCUUGAAUUCUCCAUGCGAUCAGGAAGUAACGAAAUACGCUAUCAAGAUCAUAUUGGCCUCCAGACUGAGUUUGCCCCAGAAAUUAAGGCGACUGCUGAUGUAGAAGCACUGCUGCUGGAAGGCUCGGAACACAUCCACAUGUUGUACACGUUUCGUAGUGUUGGGCGUGCAGUACCCAUGGUGAAUGAUCAGGGCCUGCAGAGCAAGAAUGAACUAAACUUACAGACAUUCUAUGCGCUCCAGCCGCAAAUAGCCAAGAUGCGAAGACUCAUGGAUUUUCAAGAGAAAGGAGUUGCUAUAAUCGAGCGGUGCAUGCGUAGCCUAGUAACUAGGGAAGCACGUGAACGUAUUGUUCCUGAUGGAUAUUAUGACGCGAUAACAAAAGUCGUCGAUCUCCUUCAAAAAUUAGAUAAUUUGAAAGAUAUGAAAGCUAGCCUUACCACUGACUUCUCGCGGUACAAUCGUGUCGAGCUCAGCGUUGCAGUGUUGCAAGCGCUGAGGGCCGAGCUGCCAAACGGAGAUCAACUGGCGCAAGAAAAGCACAAGCUGCAGCUAUUUCUGUCAAAUUUUCGAUAUCCCAAAAGUCUGAUAUUCCACAAUCUUCGGGAUGCGCUGAAAAAGAUUCCUGGCCAUGAGGAGAUCCUGAUAGAAAUGCUGCAGCAGAAUGUAGAUNUUAUCGAANACGAGCGUCACAUGAUGCCAGAUGAAAAUUUGACUUGCACGAUGCCAGAAGGACAAAUGCGUUGUGUCACCCCCCGAGGUGCUGUCCCCGAGCUCGCUGUGAUUGCAGAGAGAAUACAGGGAGAUAUGCUCCCUGAAGCUGAUCAAUGCAGCUCGCUAUUUUGGGGGGCGCUGACUCAUCUCUCUUUACUUAUCCAAUUAUUUCGUCCAGGGUGGGCAGAGCUCCCGCCAAGUAAUGGUGUCCUUGAUUUAGAAGCGACCGGUUCGUUUCAUAGGCUCUGGUCUGCGCUUAGUUUUCUCUUCGGAAUACAGAGUUCACGGUAUGCUGAUACUCAAUCCUACUCCGCUGAUUCAAACCAGACCGUGUCCAGGGACCACCCAGCUCAAAACACGCUGACAGCUGCGAUCUCUGACGAAUACCAGUUUGGCCACGGAUUUUUCAUGGCCGGUGCUGCCUUAAUUCAGCUCCUAGGGCAAAAGGCCCAGUUUUGUGCACUCGAUUUUUCUACCCACGUUCUGCGUGUAGAAGCGUAUGAAAAAGCUGCAGCCACGCGCGCUGAAGGAGUAGGUCUUGCUGAUGUCACCUUGCGCGAAGAGGCUGGCAGUUUCGUUUUGCUAAAAGCGAGGCACUCACAAUUGUAUUCAAUUGCAUUUUGCAUACUAGAUACGCACACACAACCUCAACAGCGCCGAUCGACUGUAUUGUAUUUUCACCCUCCCGACAAUUAUGAUAACCCCGCGCACUCAGAUCCCGCGUUGAAUGCCAUGGACUUUUAA